AAUUUUAAAUUAUCGUAUUAUUAAGUUACGAUGACAGUCCGCGACCCGACGCGCCGAUUCAACUUGAUGGACGAUGUGCAAUUGUUUUUGCUAUUGUUGCAAACGCGAGGCAGAGAGAAAAGUAAAAAUGAAUCUCCCAAAGUUAGAAAUAAGUUUAUUUGAUAUAUUAGAAAUAUUGGGUGACUAUAGAAGGCCUUUCAUCGAAGCUGAGCAAAUUUUCUUGGCGGAUCACAUUGUUUUAUGUGGAUUCAAAUACCGUACCGAUCAAGAGAUCUUAAUUGUUUCCUAUGUGACACAAACGUCAAAAAUUAAUGAUAUACCACAUGAAGUUACGUUAAAAGUUGAAGUUUCUGAAUGUAAGAAAGUUAUUUGCUGUCAUUGUACGUGUCCAGCUGGGGCAGGUGGAAAAUGCAAACACAUUUUUGGCUCAUUACUUUAUGUUAACAGAUAUCAGAUAGAAAAUUUACAAGAACUGAGUUGCACUGACGUAAGACAGAAAUGGGGCAAAGUUAAGAAACAUUUAAAUCUGCCGUAUCAAAAAAUUAUUCCCAUACAUCAGUAUUGUCACUUUAAUACACCAAAUGCAAAAAUUAAGUAUCAAGUCUCAGAUGAAUUAAAGAAGAUAUUUUUUGAAACAUUGACUUCAGGACAAAGGAGCAGCAACAACAACAGCGCAUCGGCACCUGCCUCGCUGUCUUCCAUCGGCAUCGUCGUCAUCGAGCAUCACACAGUGCAUCAGCAACUGCCCCACUAUGCAACGAGCAUCAGGUCGUGCAUCGGCACCUGCCACCCGACCCACCGGAGCCACUCGCCGCACGUCGACGCCUGUCACGCGGUGGGCUAUCAUCAUCUCAGCGGCGCCUGGCCCGACACGCAAAAGUGCACGAACAAUUAA